UUUUUUUUUGAAGUUGUUCAAUUGUUCGUGUGUGUGUGUGUGUGUGCCUAAAAAGUACAUUAUUUUGAAACUUUGGUACAUAGUAAGAGUCAAUCCAUUGAUACCUCUUUGAUAUACGACAGUAAAACUAUUUAAUAUGGACCAAAACAGUGUUUAUCAGUUAUUUGUGGCAACUUAUCAUCCUGAUCCAAACGUUCAUAAACAAGCUGAACUUAAUAUUCGAAGUUUCGAAGGUCAUAAUGGAUUCCUCCCUAUUGUUUUACAAAUCUUGGCUUCUGAAGAACUUGAACUCGGUGCUCGACAAGCCGCUGCUAUCUAUUUUAAGAAUCGUUUGGUGAAAGCCUGGAAUAGAAACAAACAAGCUACUACUCCCAUCAGUGAAGAAGAUCGCAAUGUUGUAAAGCAAUCUAUCCUUCAAGCCAUGGUAACAGCCCCCAAUGCUGUCAAAGUUCAAUUAACGUCUUGUUUACAUACUAUCUUAAGCAAUGACUUCCCUGAACAAUGGUCUCAAUUUGUUGGUGAAUUAGAAAACCUUUUGUCUUCAAAUGAUCCUCGUUUAGUUUAUGUUGGUUUAUUGGCUCUUCGUGAAGUAGUCAGAGUGUAUCAAUGGAAGUCAUCCGAAAAACGUGAACCUUUACAACAAAUCAUCGCACUGACUUUUCCUGCCAUUCAAAACAUUGGUACCAAUCUUGUUUCCUCUGAUAGUCUCGAAGCUGCUGAAAUGCUCAAACUGACGUUGAAAAUCUAUCAUGCUGGUAUCCAAGUCGAUCUUCCCAAAACAUUACAAGAUUCUUCUUCCAUUGUACCUUGGGGAACUCUCUUUUUACAAUUGAUUGACAAACCUAUUCCAUUUGAUGUCUUGCCUACUGAUUCUGAAGAACGUGAAAAAUAUCCUUGGGGUAAAACUAAAAAAUGGGCUUAUCAUUGUUUGAAUCGUCUGUUUGCCAAGUAUGGAAAUCCUGCUUUAUUGACUCCCAGUGCCAGCAAGUACAUUCCUUUUGCCAAAAACUUUGUCUCUAACUUUGCUCCCAAUGUAUUGCAGGCUUACCUUCGUCAGGUAGAAGGUUGGAUCAAGAACGAAAUUUGGAUUUCUCACAAGUGUUUAGCUUUGACUGCUGCCUUUUUCGACAACAGUGUCAAGCACAAGACUACUUGGCAAAUUAUCAAACCUCACACUGAGACUUUAGUGGCCCAUUUUAUCUUCCCUCAACUCUGUUUUUCCAAUGAAGAUGAGGAAUUAUGGAAUGAUGAUCCUGUAGAAUUUGUUCACAAAAAGGUUGAUCCUUUGGAAGAUAUUCAUUCACCCGAGACUAACGCUAGCAACUUGUUGAUUACUUUGGCUCGUGACCGUAAGAAACAUACUUUUAUGGGAAUUCUUGGAUUUAUCAAUGGUGUUUUGAACAAGUAUUUGGAAACUCCUGACGAUCAAAAGAAUGGCCGUGAAAAGGAUGGUGCUUUGAAUAUGAUUGCAUGCCUUUCUUAUCAAAUCUUACAAAAGAAGUCUCCUGUUGCCAAUAUGAUGGAACCUUUCUUUGUCUCUCAUGUUUUCCCUGAAUUCAAGAGUCGUUUCCCAUAUCUCCGUGCUCGCGCGUGCGAUAUGACUAAGCAUUUUAGUGAUUUGGACUUCGCAAACGAACAGAACUUGGCUACUCUUUAUCAAAAUGUUUUGGAUUGUCUCCGUGAUACUGAUUUACCUGUCAAGAUUCAAGCUGCUCUUGCUUUACAACCUAUGAUCCGUCACGAAAGUGUUCGCAACGCUAUGGCCCCUAGUCUUCCUUUUAUCAUGCAAGAAUUACUCAAUUUGACCAAAGAAAUUGAUAUUGACACUUUGGCUACCACUAUGGAAGAAUUUGUUGAAGUGUUUGCUGACCAACUCACACCCUUCGCCGUUCAACUUUGUACGCAAUUGCGAGAUACCUUUUUACGUAUUAUGGAAGAUUUCAGUCAAUCAAAUCAAUUGGCGGAUUCGAACGAUGAUGAUGACUUUGGUGAUUUGGAUGAUGUUAGCGAUAAGAUUAUGGCAGCUAUGGGUGUUCUUAAAACUAUUGGUACUCUGAUUCUUAGUUUGGAAAGCACUCCUGAUAUUCUUCAACAAUUGGAAAAUGCAUUGUUACCUGUCAUUACUUAUACUCUCAAGAAUAAGAUCAUGGACUUGUACAAUGAAAUCUUUGAAAUUAUUGAUUCAUGUACAUUCUCUGCCAAGCGAGUGACUCCUACCAUGUGGGGCGUGUUUGAUCUUAUCUAUGAAUCUUUCAAGGAUUGCGGUAUCGAUUAUAUGGACGAAAUGCUUCCUCCUUUGGACAAUUACAUUUCGUAUGGUCGUGAUGUAUUUGUCAGCAACGAAAAUAUUCAACGUAUGAUGUUUGACAUUAUUGAUACUGUUAUGAAGAGUGAUCGUUUGGGUGAAAAUGAUCGUGUCUGUGCUUGUAAACUUAUCGAAUCCGUCUUGCUCAAUUGCCGUGGUCAAGUCGAUAUGUACGUUGCUCCAUUCUUGAAUCUUGCCUUCCAAUUCAUCUUUACUAAUUCUAUGAAGACUACCGAAUUUAAGGUUCACUGUCUUGAAGUGGUGAUCAACUGUUUAUACUAUAAUCCUGUAUUGACUCUCCGAUUACUGGAAGAAAAUCAGUGGACUCAAGGCUUCUUUACUCUCUGGUUCAAUACACUUGAAAAGUUCUCUCGUGUUCAUGAUAAGAAAUUGGUGAUUGUCGCAUUAUGCUCUUUGAUUGAACUUCCUUUGGAUCAUGUUCCUGGUUCUUUACAAGGUGGUUGGUCUCAAGUAUUGACUGGUAUUGUUAAUGUAUUUAAAACUUUACCCAAGGCUAUAGAAAACCGAGAAAGUUUGGAAAAGUUGUAUGGUGAUGGAUUUGACGAUGAAGAUAUUUACAAUGAAGAUUUCGAUGCCAGUGAAGCAGAUGAAGAUGAUUUGGAAGAUAUUGGUGAUGAAGAUGUCCCUGAUCAAGACAACGAAUACUUGGAAUAUCUUGCCCAACAAGCAUCUUUACAUGCUAAUGAUGAAGAUUACGAUGAUUAUGAAGAAGAAAUCGAAGAAGAAAUUCUUUUCGAAUCACCUUUGGAUGAAAUCAACCCGUAUAUUCGAUUUGAACAAGUCUUCCGUACAAUGCAACAAACCAAUCCGGCAUCGUAUACCCUAUUGACCAAGGAUCUGGAUGCUGAUCAACAAAACCUGAUUAUGUCUGUUUUGUCCAACGCUGAACAACAACGUACUCAGCAACAACAACAACAACAGCAAGUUGCUUAGAUGAUCAGCACGCAUCACUUAUUUGUACUUUUUCCUCUCCCAUUUUUUUUUUCUAUCUAUCUUAUUCUUCCCUUUUUUUUUGACUAUCAUUCUUAUCAUAUUUCUUUUUCUUUUGUCUUAUUAUUAUUUAGUUUUUACUGCAUUCGUCUUUCUUUCCUCUCUUCCCCCAUUUUAGAAUAGCUUCCUCUCCCCUUUUUAUAGUUACAUUUUUUUUUAAAUCAAUAAAAAUAAACUCAAUAUCAUCCCCCCAUUAUCA